CUGUCGUGGUGCCGACCGGCCCAACUUUGGCGCGCAUCCCCUCCUCCCAUCGCAUAUAAAGAUACUAGGCCGGCCAGCCCUACCCCCUCUUCCUGCACCACACCCCAUCACCACACCCAGCACUUUACGCUAGGUAUCUACUGCCCCAUCACACCUAGACCACCCAAAACUACUUGAAACAAUGUCCCAGGCCGAGGUCAAGGCAUUCCAGGACGAGGUCAAGGCCUUCGAGGCCUUUGCCAAGCAACCUCGUUUCGCUCGCACGGUCCGCCCCUACUCGGCUGCCGAUGUCGUCUCGAAGCGCGGCACUCUCCCCAUCGCCUACCCUUCGGACGUCCAGGCCAAGAAGCUCUACAAGCUCCUCGAGUCCAAGGCUCGCGGCGAGGGUGGUGGCUGCACGGCCACCUACGGCGCCCUCGACCCUGUCCAGCUCACCCAGAUGGCCAAGCACCUCGAGACCGUCUACGUCUCGGGAUGGCAGUGCUCGUCGACCGCGUCCAGCUCGCUUGAGCCCGGACCUGAUCUUGCCGACUACCCCUCCAACACCGUCCCCAACAAGGUCGCCCAGCUCUUCACCGCCCAGCUCUACCACGACAGGAAGCAGCGUUUCACUCGCACCAGCGCCAUCGCCAAGGGCGAGAACCCCGGCCCCGCCAUCGACUACCUCCGCCCCAUUGUCGCCGACGCCGACACCGGACACGGUGGUCUCACUGCUGUCAUGAAGCUCACCAAGAUGUUCGUUGAGGCUGGCGCUGCUGGUGUUCACAUUGAGGACCAGGCUCCCGGAACCAAGAAGUGCGGUCACAUGGCCGGCAAGGUCCUCGUGCCCAUCUCGGAGCACAUCAACCGUCUCGUUGCCAUCCGUCUCCAGUGCGACAUCAUGGGCACCACCAACCUUGCUGUCGCCCGUACCGACUCUGAGGCUGCUACCCUCAUCACCUCCAACAUUGACUCGCGCGACCACGCCUUCAUCCUUGGCUCCACCAACGCCAGCCUCGAGCCCCUCGUUGAGGUCAUGUCCGCCGCCGAGGGUGCCGGCAAGACCGGCGCCGUUCUCCAGCAGAUCGAGGACGAGUGGAUCAAGGCCGCCAACCUCCAGCUCUACAGCGACGUUCUUGCCGCUGCUCUUAAGCGUGAGGGCAAGAACCCCGCCCAGUUCCUCAAGGAGGCCGAGCACGCUUCCAACAAGGAGGCCCUUGCUCUCGCCAAGCGCCACGGCCUCCAGUCCGUUCCCUUCUGGGACUGGGCUGCUCCCCGCACUCGUGAGGGCUACUACCGUUACCGCGGCGGAACUCGCUGCGCCAUCAACCGUGCCAUCGCCUUCGCCCCCUACGCCGACCUCAUCUGGAUGGAGACCAAGAGCCCCAUCUACGCUCAGGCCAAGGAGUUCGCAGACGGUGUCCACGCCGCUGUUCCUGGCCAGUGGCUCGCCUACAACCUCAGCCCCUCGUUCAACUGGGACGCCGCUGGUCUCGGCCCCAAGGAGAUGAAGGACUUUGUCUGGGCUCUUGGCAAGCUCGGCUUCGUCUUCCAGUUCAUCACCCUUGCUGGUCUCCACUCCAACGCCUACAUCAGCGACCUCUUCGCCCAGAACUUUGCCAAGGACGGAAUGAAGGCCUACGUCGAGCUCAUCCAGCGCAGGGAGGCCGACAUUGGCUGCGACGUCCUCACCCACCAGAAGUGGUCGGGCGCCGACUACGCCGACGCCCUUCUCAUGACUGUUACGGGCGGAGUUUCAAGCACGGCAGCUAUGGGCGCCGGGGUCACCGAGGACCAGUUCAAGAAGAAGAGCAAGCUGUAGAACAGCCGUGUAAAAGCAAUCAGCAGUUGUGUAGUUUUUUGUGGUCCUUCAUGCAAUCAUUAGCAUCGUG